UUUGGUUCUAAGUCCAAAAUGGCAACUCUCAAAGAUCAGCUGAUUCAAAAUCUUCUUAAGGAAGAACAUACCCCCCAGAAUAAGAUUACAGUUGUUGGGGUUGGUGCUGUUGGCAUGGCUUGUGCCAUUAGUAUCUUAAUGAAGGAUUUGGCAGAUGAACUUGCUCUUGAUGUCAUGGAAGACAAACUGAAGGGAGAGCUGAUGGAUCUCCAGCACGGCAGCCUUUUCCUUAGAACACCAAAAAUUGUCUCUGGCAAAGAUUAUAAUGUGACUGCAAACUCCAAGCUGGUUAUUAUCACAGCUGGGGCACAUCAGCAAGAGGGAGAAAGCCGUCUCAAUUUGGUCCAGCGUAACGUGAACAUCUUUAAGUUCAUCAUUCCUAAUAUCGUAAAAUACAGCCCAAACUGCAAGUUGCUUGUCGUUUCCAAUCCAGUGGAUAUCUUGACCUAUGUGGCUUGGAAGAUAAGUGGCUUUCCCAAAAACCGUGUUAUUGGAAGCGGUUGCAAUCUGGAUUCAGCUUGGUUCCGUUACCUAAUGGGGGAAAGACUGGGAGUUCACCCAUUAAGCUGUCACAGGUGGGUCCUUGGGGAGCAUGGAGACUCCAGUGUGCCUGUAUGGAGUGGAGUGAACGUUGCUGGUGUCUCUCUGAAGAAUCUGCACCCUGACUUAGGCACUGAUGCAGAUAAGGAACAGUGGAAAGAGGUUCACAAACAGGUGGUUGACAGUGCCUAUGAGGUGAUCAAACUGAAAGGCUACACUUCCUGGACCAUUGGACUGUCUGUGGCAGAUUUGGCAGAAAGUAUAAUGAAGAAUCUUAGGCGGGUGCAUCCAAUUUCCACCAUGAUUAAGGGUCUCUAUGGAAUUAAAGAUGAUGUCUUCCUUAGUGUUCCUUGCAUCUUGGGACAGAAUGGAAUUUCAGAUGUUGUGAAGGUGACUCUGACUCCUGAGGAGGAGGCCUGUUUGAAGAAGAGUGGAGACACACUUUGGGGUAUCCAAAAGGAGCUGCAGUUUUAA